AAACAAUUUUACAACACAUUUGCAGUUAUUAUUGUUUUUCUUAUUGUAAAGACUUUUGUCACAUAUUAUUGACAUUUAAUACAGUGUUUGACAUCAAAUGCCAGACAUCGAUAACACCCACCGAUUGACUUACCAUUCAUGCUAUACCUCCACAGCUUGUUGUCACUCAAUAUAGUAUUACGAGUACUAUAAACACACCGCUCAAGACAUUGUCGUCACUUUCAUCCAAAAAACAUGGAUUCAUUGACCGCACUAUUAGUGUUGAUUUGGGCACUGAUUUUGUCACAAUUGACGGCCACUUUUGGUCGACAGUUGACUCACGAAGACUUUGAUGAUAUACUUGCGUCCAAAUACUAUCUGUUUGUCAAGUUUUAUGCCCCGAACUGUGGUCACUGCCAAAAGUUGGCACCGGUUUGGGACAAACUUGAAGCCAAAUUAUUGUCAACUUCAGACUCACUGGUCAUCAUUGGCAAAGUCGACUGCACUGAGGAACGGGAUCUCUGUUCACGUGAAGGUGUUAUGGGAUUUCCUACACUCAAGUUAUAUAAGAGCCGGGAAUCAAAUGGUGUUGAAUAUGAAGGCGACAAAAGUUUAUUGAAUUUAGAGACAUAUUUGAGGACACAAUUAGGCAAUACUAUUGUCGACGGCGUCACCGAUUUGGCCAGUGAUGAGAGCGCCGAAAGCCAUGAGUCUCCUGAUACGCCUAAAUCAUUUAAUGGGUUAUAUGAACUCACAGAUGAAAAUAUAGAUAAGUUUCUUAGCAAAGGUCAGCAUUUUGUUAAGUUUUACGCCCCGUGGUGUGGCCAUUGUCAACGAUUGGCGCCUACAUGGGAUCAAUUGGCACAAUCAUUUGAAUACGACACAAGUGUUAAGAUAUCUAAGAUUGACUGCACUACUAGUGGUAUGUCCUGCAAGAACUAUGAUAUUAAGGGUUAUCCAACUCUUCUCUGGAUUGUCGAUGGAAAGGUUGUCGACAGAUAUACUGGCAGUCGCACACAUGAAGACUUAAAACAUUUUAUAACAGAGAAGAAAGACAUUGAAAAUGAAAACACUGAACAAACAGUUACUCUAAAUUUGAGUCUCGAUAAUGAAGAUUAUGGUCCACUGAUUAUAAAUGAAGACAAUUUUGGCAAAAUAAUUAAGAAAGACAUUACUUUUAUUAAAUAUUGGGUUCCCUGGUGUUCACAUUGUAAACAACUUAGACCUGUUUGGCACCAAUUGUCAACAAAGAUGUUUGCAAACAAUGCCAUUACCAUUGCAAGCGUUGAUUGCUCUCAACACGAAAGUCUCUGUAAUAAACAACAGGUCGAAGGAUAUCCCACUUUGUUUGUAUACAAAGACAACCAGAAGAUUACAGAAUAUGAUGGUAUCAGAGAUCUCGAACACAUUUAUGACUUUGUGUCGGAUAUUGUGGCAAAUAAUUUGCUGGAAAAGGAUGAGCUCUAAGCCGACCAAAAACAUCAAUAUAUUGUGAUUGCAAACCAAACAUUAAGUAAAAUGUGAAAAAUCUAUUUAAUUAGUCAUUUGAUUAGUUAGGAAAAUCUAAAAAUUUUAUUUUAGAUAAUUAUGAUUUUUAGCCCAGUAUAAAUUAUAUUUAUAGACAUGAAUCACUUAUGUUGAAUUUCUACAUUUUUUAAAACUGAAAUUAUAUUGCUAUUCUAUAAUUUU